AUGUCAAAAUCAAAAAUUCUCGCCGCCAUUGAAGAGCUUCGAACCUCCAUCUACAGCCUGCAAGCCUCUAUCGACACUCCGACCACAAACACGUUUCCUCCGGCUACUGCUCCAAAUCUCUACGGGUGUCCAUCCCCUUCCCCACCACCUAUUACUCCAGCCCAUUACCCACCCAGAUCGUUUCCCCCAUUCCUACGCACAACUCACUCCACAUCACUUCUCCCCAUUCGCCGUCUUAGCCCAUCUGAAAUUGAAGAGAAAAAUGACCGCGGGCUUUGCUACAAUUGUGACCAAACUUGGUCCGAUACCCACCGAUGCCGCAGCAAAUAUUUGAUUCUGUUCGGCGCCGACGAUGAGGAUGACUUUGGCGAUCCUAAAUCUCUUGAUUCCAUGGCUGGAGUUGAAGUUAUAGUGAAGGGUACCUCAAGCCUUUGCGCCUCUGCACAACCAUUCUCGUCGCCUCAUCCUUCUACAGGAAUCAAUUCUCUGUCUCCGCUGUCACCAAUAGUUCUCCAGCCUCCACCGCCGCCGCCGCCGUCAACACCUCCACUACCACGACCACCUCCUCCCACCGAGCCACCCCCAAACGUACCACCUUCACCUGCAAUACCACCACCACCAAUAACUCCUCCGGUGAGUCCUCCGCCAAUUCCGAGCCCAUCCAGUCAGUCACCACCGUCUACGACCCAUCGUUGCCGCAACAAAAAAUUACUCCUUCUAGGUUACGGAGAAGAUGACCUUGAUCCACCGGGCAAGCCUAUUCCGGCAGUUGACAGUGAGAUUAUUGAGGGUGUACCCCCGCCGUCGACGUUGCCGAUACGGUCGAUUAAUGUACAGCGAGCGAGGGUUUCUCAUGAUUCGUUGAAUCGGCUGUUUCAGAUUCCUCUUUGGCCCAAGUCUAAAAAUGAAAAGCCCAACCCAAUCAUCAUAUUUAGGCCCAAUAUGAGUGGCCCUAAAGUUUUGAUUGUGGUUGCCCACAGCCCAAGUGCACAGGCCCGUCUCCUCCUUCCUCUGCCUCAAGACGUGUCUCCGCUUUCAACCAUGCCACAUGACGCCGUCGAAAUCAAGGAGAAGGAUCGUGGAAUCGGUACUCGUUUUUGGUUGCUCGCCGGCUCUAAGGACGAGAUUGUGGCCGUUGCUUUUGGAUCCUUAUCUGCUGUUAUUACGGAUUCUUUAACCGUGGGCGUCGUCUCUAACUUCUACUCUUCCAUGCUUGCUUUUGUCGGUCAAGAAGUCCAGCUAUGCGGCGAACCGCCACCGGACCUCUUGGGCACUCCUAGUCGAUGUGUAUCAGUUCUUAAGUUUGUUUGGAUUAAUUUUGUGCAGUUUUUAGCUGGGACGUUUGUCGAGCACAUGGUGGGCAUAGCUUUAUCAAGCUUUUAG